GUUGUUUGUUGGUCGGUGUUUCAGUUGUGUUGUUAGAAGGCGCUCAGUGGGCUGAAGGGACUCAGAAUGCUGCGUUUGCGGUGCAAGGCCAAGAAUGGAACUCAUCUGAUGCAAGGCCUAACGCACCAGUCUUGUGUUCAGGAACUAAAAGACAAGGUGGAGGAACUGACUGGGAUACCAUGCAAUGUGCAGAAGAUCAUGGUGGGCUACCCACCCUCAAGCUUGGAUCUCAGCGACAAAGACGCUCAUCUCAAAGACUACCCUAUAAAAUCAGGAGACACUUUAAUUGUAGAGGAAGAAAAGAACAAGCCUAAAGUCGAGACCAACUCCACCACACCCAAAACCCCACUCUUGGACUGCUCGCCUGUUCUAGAGCGACGUGUGGUACCUGCUGACAACUCGUGCCUGUUUACAAGUGUGAAUUACGUAGUAGAGGGCGGUGUGUACAACGCGGCUUGUGCGCCUGACAUGCGUCAACUCAUCGGGCAGAUCGUAGCCAGUGACCCCACGGCGUACUCCGAGGCAGUGCUAGGUAAAACCAAUGAGGACUACUGCACCUGGAUCCAGCGCAGUGACACAUGGGGUGGUGCCAUUGAGCUCUCCAUCCUGUCCAAGUUCUACCAAUGCGAGAUUUGUGUAGUAGACACGCAGACGGUACGUGUGGAUCGUUUUGGCGAGGACGCCGGCUACAAUAAGCGUGUGCUGCUCAUCUAUGAUGGCAUCCACUAUGACCCCUUGCAAAUGCUCAUACCUGGAACAGAUUGCCCGCCACAGACCAUCUUCUCAACGUCUGAAGAUGUCAUCCUGGCGCAGGCGUUGGAGCUGGCUGACGAGGCUCGUCGCAAGCGCCAGUUCACAGACGUGAACCGCUUUGCGCUGCGCUGCAUGAUUUGUCACACUGGCCUGGUGGGACAGAAAGAGGCAAGGGAGCAUGCUAAGGAGACGGGCCACACCAAUUUUGGGGAGAUUUAAAACUGACACUGCUCAGAUCCAGACUGUCUCUUGCCCCACUGCCAUCCCUGCGUUCAUGUUCUCACAAUUUUACAGCUGUGUGUCUCAGCUUGGUGCAGUUUUCUACCUCACGUUAUCCCGAUUCCCACUGUCAGUAUUAUGGCUUUGGUUGACACUGGGUUCUUAAGUUCUCAAGAUUAAAACAUUUCAU